CUUUAAUAUCUUCAUUUUACCGACAAUGGAUUUAAUGAAACACUAUCAUGAGCAUGACAUUCCUGGAGCAGUUUUUCUUGAUACAUUUUUUUCAUCGAAAUCUGAAAAAUUAGUUUUUGAAGAAUUAGUUAAAUUUCCUAUGGAACAAAUUUAUAAAGCACUGGAUAAAGGAUAUGUUAGUGGAGACACAUUAGCUGAAAUCAGUGUUGGACCAAUGCUUUGUCAUCUGUUCCCAUUCUGUGAUUACUUUAAAGAUAUCACAGUUUUAGAAUCAAAUGAAAGCUCUGUCAAGGAUCUGAAAAAAUGGCUGUACGAAGAUACAGAUGCGUAUGACUGGUCUCAUGCAACAGCACAUCUUACUGAGCUGGAAGGCUGCAGUGACGACUGCCGAAAAAAAGAAGAAAAGCUAAGAAAAUUAAUUAAACGCAUUCUAACAUUUGAUCUCAAAAACGAAAACCCAACAUAUCCUGUUACGUUAGAAAAAGUUGAUUGCCUUUUUUGUGCAGGUGGAGUUGAUAUUCUCAGCAAAAGCAAAGAUGAAUUAACUGACAAUCUGAUAAAAAUCACGUCUUUACUAAAAGUAGGAGGUCACUUUAUAUAUUUCGGAGGUUUAAAUAUGACUUAUUACAUGGUGGGUGAGCACAAGUUCUUUAAUGUUACAUAUGAUGAAGAGUUCUUAAGAAAGACCUUAGAAAAAAUAGGCUAUGUUAUUGAACAUGUUACUAAGAUGAAGAGACAAGAGCAGAGGACCUCAAUAGAUUAUGAGUCUGUUGUCUUUAUCAUUGCUCUUAAAAAGAGUGACUUUAAAAAAUAAAUGUAAACGUAGAUGCGCAUACAAGGCUAGAUUACAAUAGAUAGAGCAGGGUGCACAUCUUUUGCGUGACCUUACAUUACAAGUGGAGCGGUAAUUAUCACUUUUAUUCAAGCGCUAAUUAGGCUAAUAAGGCUAACCAUCUGCGCGAUAUCGCGUGUAUUACAAGUUGAAAGUAACAUCCUAUUACACUCGUUAAACCUGACGUGCUAAGUACUGGAUUUCGAAUCCCAUCACUACGUUAACUUCUACUCCCUAUAGACUUCAAUAGAGCCACAAAAUUUAAAAAAACUAAACACUUAUUACUCUUACGCAAACCUGACUGUGUUCAAUCAAGUGCGAUAUAGCCUUAAACACAUUCCACAUAAAUGCAAUACUAAACAUGUCCCUUUAAGACCGUAUAGCAUAUUUAAAUAGGCACAUAACAUGCUAUAUAUGCUAUAUAUGCUCAACACAUGAAUGCAGAGACAGCUAGCUAUUAGUAGCUAACAUACAUUAGCACUGAGAGUUUAUGAUUAGACAUCACAUGAAUGCUGAGAAAGCUAGUUAUUAGUAGCUAACAUACAUUAGCACUGAGAGUUUAUGAUUAGACAUCACAUGAAUGCAGAGAAAGCUAUCUAUUAGUAGCUAACAUACAUUAGCGCUGAGAGCUUAUGAUUAGACAUCACAUGAAUGCAGAGACAGCUAGCUAUUAGUAACUAACAUACAUUAGAUCUGAGAGUUUAUGAUUAGACAUCACAUGAAUGCAGAGAAAGCUAGCUAUUAGUAGCUAACAUACAUUAGUGCUGAGAGUUUAUGAUUAGACAUCACAUGAAUGCACAGAAAGCUAUAAGUAACUAACAUACAUUAGCGCUGAGAGUUUAUGAUUAGACAUCACAUGAAUGCAGAGAAAGCUAGCUAUUAGUAGCUAACAUACAGAGAAAGCUAUUAGUAGCUAACAUACAUUAGCGCUGAGAGUUUAUGAUUAGACAUCACAUGAAUGCAGAGAAAGCUAGCUAUUAGUAGCUAACAUACAUUAGCGCUGAGAGUUUAUGAUUAGACAUCACAUGAAUGCAGAGAAAGCUAGCUAUUAGUAGCUAACAUACA